AUGGUGACCACGCUACCAGCAACACCAUCACCAUCAGUUGUUGUUGGUGUGCCUUCUAGUUUGAGCAGUAGAGCAGUUGUCAUCAACCCCAGACAGUGGGGAGCACGUGAUCGAGGGAAAGAGCCCCAUGCAGUCUGCAUCCCAUACCCGGCCCAAGGCCACAUAAACCCCAUGCUAAAACUAGCCAAAGUCCUCCACACCCGAGGCUUCCACAUCACCUUCGUCCUCACCGAAUUCAACCACCGCCGGCUGGCUCAUUCCCAAGGCCCAGAGAUUAUUAAUGGACUUCCCGACUUCCGUUUUGCCUCCAUCCCCGACGGCCUCCCAAUAUCCGACGAGGAAGCUACGCAGAACAUCCCCGAACUCAGCGAAUCCACAAUGAAGACCUGUCUGGGCCCAUUCCUAAGUCUCCUUGACAAGCUUAAUGAAGAGACUUCCUCCGGUGCGCCACCCGUCUCAUGCAUCGUCUCGGACGGCUCCAUGAGUUUUACUCUUGACGCAGCACGCGAGCUUGGCAUCCCCGAGAUACUUUUAUGGACCACCAGUGCUUGCGGCUACCUUGCUUACCUUCAUUUCCACCAGCUUGUAGAGCGCGGCCUCUUUCCUCUCAAAGAUGAGGCCGACUUAAGCAACGGAUUCCUCGACACUGAAGUAGAUUGGAUCCCAGGACUACGAAAAGGCAUACGUCUGAAGGACCUACCCUCCUUCAUUCGUGUGACGGAUCAAAACGACAAAAUGUUCAACUACAUACUGCACGAGACAAGAAGAGCUUCCAUGGCCUCAGCAAUCGUGCUUAACACUUUUAACGACCUUGAGAUUCCGGCCCUCACCGCACUGCAGAAGAUCCUCUCGCCCGUCUACACCAUCGGCCCACUAUCCCUCCUCUGUCGACGCAUGAUACCAAGCCACAGCCCUCUCACUUCCAUCACCACAAGCCUAUGGAAGGAGAGAGGAGACAACAUUCAGACAACAUUCAUGGACUGGCUUGACGCCAAGGCACCUCAGUCUGUUGUGUACGUCAACUUCGGAAGCAUAACUGUGAUGACAAACGAACAGAUGGUAGAGUUCGCUUGGGGCCUCGCCAAUAGCGGCUAUCACUUUCUAUGGGUGAUCAGGGCCGACCAAUUGAAGAGAGAAUCAGUCGUGCUGCCUCCAGAGUUCAUGGAAGAGAUUAAGGAGAGAGGGCUGAUGACAAACUGGUGCGCGCAGGAGGAGCUGCUUUGCCACCCGGCGGUGGGCAUCUUCUUAACACACUCGGGAUGGAAUUCGACGUUGGAUAGCUUAAGCUGUGGAGUGCCGAUGAUAUCUUGGCCGUUCUUCGCGGAGCAGCAAACCAAUUGUUUUUAUUCAUGCACUGAUUGGGGUGUGGGGAUGGAGAUUGACAAAAACGUGAGAAGGGGGGAUGUUGAGGGAAUGAUAAGGGAGAUGAUGGUGGGGGAGAAGGGCAGGAAGAUGAGAGCGAAGGCGGUGGAGUGGAAAGAGAGUGCAGCUAAUGCAGUUAGUCGGCUAGGAAGUUCUUCGGUCAACUUGGAGAAGGUGAUCAAGAUGCUUCUCCGUUCAGAUAAUUCAUACGAAAGGGGAACACAAGACGAGUGUUCGUACAAACAACAUAUCAAGGGGUUAGCUAUCUUCAAAGAGAUUGGAGAAACAAAAAUGGCUUCGAGUUCAUUAAACAAACCCCACGCUGUGUGCGUCCCAUUUCCAUCCCAAGGCCACAUGAACCCCGUGCUAAGCUUGGCCAAAAUUCUUCACGCCAAAGGUUUCCACAUCACCUUCGUCCUAUCCGAAUACAACCGCCGCCGGCUCUAUUUUUCUCAGGGCUCUGUUCGUGAACUCCCCGACUUCCGUUUCUUUACCAUCUCUGACGGCCUCCCCUACUCCGAUGAAAAUGCUACGCAGAACGUCCCCGAUCUCUGUGAAUCAACAAUGAAGCAUUGUCUCGGUCCAUUCCGAACUCUCCUUGCUGAGCUCAAAGAAGAGAAAAAUACGCCCCCCGUCUCGUGCAUCGUUGCUGAUGGCGCCAUGAGUUUCACACUUGACGCGGCUCGUGAGCUCAACAUCCCGGAGAUUCUUUUCUGGACCACCAGCGCUUGCGCUUUCCUUGCUUACCUCAACUUCCAACAGCUAGUGGAUCGGGGCGUCGUUCCACUCAAAGAUGAGGCCGCGUUAACCAGCGGAUACCUUGACACAGAAGUAGACUGGAUACCCGGUCUAAGACAAGGCAUACGUCUAAAGGACUUACCCUCUUUCCUGCGCGUGACGGAUAUAAAAGAUAAGAUGUUUAACUAUAUCCGGCACGAGACAAACAGAGCUUCCAUGGCCACAGCAAUCGUGCUCAACACCUUUGAAGCCCUUGAGGUUCCCGUCCUUGAGGCACUGCGGCAGAUCAUCCCCUCCGUCUACGCCGUGGGCCCACUAUCGCUCCUCUCUCGAAGCUUGAUAUCAAACGAAAGCCGACUCGCCUCCAUCAACACAAGCCUAUGGAAGGAGGACACCACAUGCAUAACUUGGCUUAACGGCAAGCGGGAUCAAUCAGUUGUGUACGUCAACUUUGGAAGCGUAACUGUAAUCAACGGAGAUCAAUUCAAGGAGUUAGCAUGGGGCCUCGCCAAUAGCGGCUAUGAUUUUCUAUGGGUGAUCAGACCCGACCUAGUGAGGGGAGAAAAGUCUGUGCUGCCUGCAGAUUUUCUGAAAGAGACUAGCCAGAGAGCAUUGCUGGCAGACUGGUGCGAUCAAGAGGAGGUGCUUCGCCACCGGGCAGUGGGAGUUUUCUUAACGCACUCCGGCUGGAACUCGACAUUGGAGAGCAUAAGUGGUGGUGUGCCGAUGAUAUCUUGGGCGUUCUUCGCGGAGCAACAAAUGAAUUGUUUUUAUUCACGCACUGAUUGGGGUGUGGGGAUGGAGAUGGACAGUAGCUUGACAAGGUCGGAGGUUGAGAGAUUGUUAAGGGAGAUGAUGGAGGGGGAGGAGGGUAAGAAGAUGAGAAAGAAGGCGGCGGAGUGGAAAGCAAGUGCAGCUAAUGCUGUUAGUCAGCUUGGG